UGAAAGAAAAGAUAAAAAAAGACGGGGGCCAUUAAUAUUUAAUAUUGUUUUCGGCUUCUCCGACCUUCGCAGUCCACAGUUUCUCUCCACUUCCCAAACACUUCGUCAAUUACAAGGAACAAACCGAACCGGACACGAUGGACUCAAUUCUUCUUCUCCCGGAACCUCCUCUAGCCCUCGCAAACCACCGCACCCCCGCCGUAUCUCUCCGUUCAUUCAGCUACCAACUGCCGUGUCCGGUACCACCGCGUCCCAGGCGGACACUUGUUUCGGGGCUCCGCAGCUCUUUCUCAGUCUCCGCUAGCGGCACCUUGACGGCCAAUUCGGUACCCCCAAGAAAUGGAGUAUACACCGUUGGUGAUUUUAUGACAAGAAAGGAAGAUUUGCAUGUGGUAAAGCCUACAACAACUGUGGAUGAAGCACUGGAAGCUCUUGUGGAAAACAGAAUCACUGGUUUUCCUGUCAUUGAUGACAACUGGAAAUUGGUUGGGCUAGUUUCAGAUUAUGACCUCUUAGCAUUGGACUCCAUAUCUGGUGGCACACGAAGCGACACUAGCAUGUUUCCUGAAGUUGACAGCACUUGGAAAACUUUUAAUGAGGUACAGAAAUUGCUCAGUAAAACGAAUGGGAAGGUGGUUGGUGAUCUGAUGACGCCAGCGCCAGUUGUUGUUCGUGAAACCUCUAAUCUUGAGGAUGCUGCUAGGAUAUUACUUGAGACAAAAUAUCGUCGACUUCCAGUUGUAGAUGCUGAUGGUAAGCUGGUUGGGAUUAUCACUAGAGGAAAUGUUGUUAGAGCUGCCCUUCAAAUAAAACGUGCUAGUGAAAAAGCAUAAUAUCCAGACAUUGCCAUGUGGAUUUGAGGCGGUCCAGAUUGGCAAGCAGGGAGCAAUCAAUUCCUGCAAGCGCUGAGAGUAUAAAGAGAGAGAGGUCAGAGGAUCUCAGCUUCUUUCUAUGAACAAUUUUGGCAUAUGUAUGUAUGAGACAUCAAUGUGAGUGUUCUUUGUAAAAUUGAGUAGUAUCCAUGACCAAAGCCAGUUAGGUACCAAUAAUUCUCCUCAAUCUCUCCAUUAAGGAGAAUUAGCUUAAAGAUUGGUUUCAUGUAACCGUUACGCAAUACUAUCUCCUCCAUUCCAACCUUCUCCAUCCAACAAAAAAAAAGGGGAAAAAUGAGAAAGAAACAACAAAAGAGAGGCUAUUAUAAUGGAAUAUUGUGAAUCUGCUAUGCUUUGAGUAUAAUAAAGGCGAACAUCAUUCUAGACCA